GGCUAGAGGUGAGAAUGUGUAAUAGUAACGAUAGUGUUAUAUUACUGGAGAGUGCCUGUAGUUAUAGUAACAGUAUUAUGCCAUCUGUUUCCCUCAGGGUUGGAGGUGAGAAGGUGCUCCUGCUCUCUGCGGCGGCCUGGGGGGCGAUGACAGCCUUCACGCCCAUCCUGGCCCACUUCUGCUCUCAGCCCAUCUUCUCCAUGACGCUGGCCCGCUUCCUUAUGGGGCUGCUGCAAGGUCAGGGGUCACUGGGAACUGGGGGCUAAUGAAAAGCUAGGCUGCAUCUCAAAUUACACUUUAUGUUUUCCUAAAUAGCGCACUAAUUAUGACUAGAGCCGCAUAGGGAAGCUGGGAUUAUAACUGUGUGCCCAAACAGAGAGAGAUGGUUUCAGGUGAACAGAGUCAUUGAAUGUACUGUACUACAAUAGCAGUCAAAUAGUUCAUCUCUGUCCAGCCCUGAACGAUCAAGCAAACAUGGUCUUAACUACAUAACCAAAUAACUUACAGCUUUAGCUUUAAGUGUCCUCUGGGGUUGAAGUUCAGCUUGUUUGUGUAAAACGGUUUGUUUGUUUAUGGAAGCUCCUCUGUCAGUGCAUGAAGCAUUAGUUUGUUGACUCCUCUGUAAACUGCAGGGGACAACGCUUUCAUAUUUGAGACAGUUCUGUUUUGUUAGCCAUUUUCCACUUUAUUUUGUUAUUUACUAACGUUUACCACAUGGCCUAAAGAAGAGAGAAUAAAGAACAAAGAAAGUUGCUCCCAAAUAUUGAAUGAAUGAAUCAAUGUGUGUGACUUUCUUCACUAUAGUCUAACAGAGCCGUGUGUGUGUGUACCUCCAGGUGUGCACUACCCGUCUCUGGCCAGCCUGUGUUCUCAGAAGGUGGUGGAGAGUGAGAGAGGAUUCCUCAUGAGCACUGUGGGCAGUGGCUCCUAUCUGGGGUGAGUCUGGUUCUGCAGCACUUCCUGUUUAGACGCUGAUUUAAUGUCUGUUUUGUGUUUCCCCCACUAAGAGUUUAGGAUAGGAUUGGGGGAAGGUAAGCUGGUCCUAGAUCUGCAUCUUUGGGCAGAUUCUACUGCUGCUGUUGAUGAGGUCAUGUGCUAUGGAAGCCAGGGUCAGACGUUUAUCAUUGGAGUUUGGGAGGGAUGACAAUAUGUCAUAAACAGCUCAUCAGGGAGCCACAGACGUCUCCAGUCAGGAGUUCUCCACAGAUGUUCUUGUUUUGCCAUUGUAGUAAUAAACCAUAAAUACACAAUGAGGUCCCCAGCUAAAGGUCUUUGAACUACCUUCUGUAUCUGUGACCAGUGCUAUUGUCUCCUGCAGAACACUGGUGAUUGGGGGGGCUGGUUCCCUCAUGUUGGACCUGUAUGGUUGGGAGAGUGUGUUCUAUGUGUCAGGCCUGCUCUCUGUCCUCUGGGCGUACUGCAUGUGGAAAUACCUGCUCAAAGGGGAAGGUAAGGAGUGUGUGUGUGUGUGUUCUGGGUGUGUGUUCUGGGUGUGUGUUCUGGGUGUGUGUUUAUGUAUCUAUGUGUGAUGAUGAGAAUAUGCAUAUCUAACUGAAGGUUAACAAAUGUUACAUUUCACCGCUAGACUAUUUUCUCCAAGUGGUGAUAUUUGAUAUCACUCAAAUCAAAUUGUAUUUGUCACAACAACAGAUGUAGAACAACAGUGAAAUGCUUACAAAUGCCCAACAAUGCAGAGAGAAAAAUAUAGAAAAAAAUUAUAACACAAGGAAUAAAUCCACAAUGAGUAACGAUAAUUUUGCUAUAUACACGGGGUUAGCCAUCUAUCCCUAUCAUUGUUAUGAACUACCUCGAAGCACCACAUUGAGCUCAGAAUUUCCUCUCUGUCUCUGUCUGUCUCUGUCUGUCUGUCUGUCUGUCUGUGUCUGUGACUCUCUCUCUUUCUGUCUCUGUCUCUUACUCUCUUUCUGUCUCUGACUCUCUCUUUCUGUCUCUGAUUCGCUCUCUUUCUGUCUCUGUCUCUGUCUCUCUGUCUGUCUCUGUCUCACUCUCUUUCUUUCUGUCUCUGUCUCUCUGUGUGUGUGUGUGUGUGUGUGUGUGUGUGUGUGUGUGUGUGUGUGUGUGUGUGUGUGUUCCAGGUCCUAUCAUCUCAUUGGAGUCGCUGGGUAGUGGAGGGCCCCAGUCCAAACUGUCCAGGAGACACUGGCUGCGCCUCUUCAAACAACCUGCUGUCUGGUGAGAUAAGGCCCAAACACAAUGGGGGAUCUGUGUGUGUCCCAGGCCCUGUGGUUCUGGAUGAGGGUGUGUAAUGUGUGUGUGUCUACACUACAGGUGCAUGUGUUUCUGUCCUGCUUUGUGAGUCUCAGCCUGUGUAUAUGUGUCUGUGUUUCUUUCCUUGUGAAUGUGUGUGUUUCUGUCUGUGUGUGUAGGUAAAUGGACAGUCUAAACAGCUGAAUGAGACAGAGAUAUAAUAACGUCCUAGCCUGCACCUAACUGACUGAAAUAGAGGUCUAGUCCAUUGAUUCAGUUCUGUAGUCUCUCCUCUGAUCAGCUCAGUUCCCUGCAGAUGUUUCCAUCUCAAAGGCUUCAUUCAUAUUCUCUGUGCCUCUCUAUUGGCUGUUAUUUAUAGAACCCUAUAGCAGGCCCUGCAACUGAUCUGCCCUGUGUACAAUAACAGGAAUUGUCUGGCUCGUUGGUUUCAUUUCCUGUAAUGGCUCAACCACACUUUGAUAGUUAAACUAACCACUAAACAUAAGAGAAAAUGUCGCCGGCUGUGUGUGGGUGAGGGUUGGUGUGAGCAUGGAUUAGUAUCACGGACUGACAGUUAUGUUCAUGAGUGAGUAAAGGUCAGUGGAGAGAAAGACAUUUAAACAGUCUGAUAAAAUAUAUAAUAUAAAUGGACUAUUGCUUGAUUUUAUGUUGAACAGGCACAUGAAUCAAACUGUAGUGGGGGCCUACACAUGAGUCAUUAUAGGCAGUAAUGACUCAUGUAUUCAUUGAGUGUACAAAACAUUAGGAACACCUUCCUAAUAUUGAGUUGCAGCCCAUUUUGCCAUUAGAACAGCCUCAAUUCAUCGGGGCAUGGACUCUACAAGGUGUCGAAAGCGUUCCACAGGGAUGCUGGCCCAUGUUGACUCCAAUGCUUCCCACAGUUGUGUCAAGUUGGCUGGAUGUCCUUUGGGUGGUUGGCCAUUCUUGAUACACACAGGAAACUGUUGAGCAUGAAAAACCCAGCAGCUUUGCAGUUCUUGACACACACAAACCGGAUGCACCUGGCACAUACUACCAUACCCCAUUCAAAGGCACUUAAAUAUUUUGUCUUGCCCGUUCACCCUCUGAAUGGCACACAUACACAUGUCUCAAUUGUCUCAAGGCUUAAAAAUCGUUCUUUAACCUGUCUCCUCCCCUUCAUCUACACUGAUUUUAGCUUUCCCCUGGAUUCCCCUGGUCAGUCUAUGUCAUGGAAAGAGCAGGUGUUCCUAAUGUUUUGUACACUCAGAGUAUAUUGGGGCUUUAAAAUGAUGUAGCCUAUGAGUCAUAGAAGUGGUAUACUUAUUUAUAUAUUUUAGUUUUCUCUCUUUCACUGUCUCUUUUCUGAUUAUCCUCCCUUCAGUGCUGUGAUUAUUACGCACCUUUGCACCGCCAGCACCUUCUUCACAUUGUUAUCAUGGCUACCAACUUACUUCAAGGACACCUUCCCUGACGCCAAGGUAACUUAACAACCCCCCUCUAUCCUACCCCUCUCACUCCUCUCCCAAUCCAUCCCCUCAGAAGACAAAACAAAACAUACCAUAUUUCAGUUCAAGGCUGGAAUGACAGAGAACAAACACGGAAGUGUACAUAGAAAAUGGAUCAAAGCUAGUCAGACCCUGCAUCUGAUAGACCUGUGUAAUACCAAAAGAGGGCGCUGUAGACAUGGAGCAGACGUAAAACCCUGCUAGCUGAGGAACUCAGAUAUUCCCUAAUGUCAUCAACAGCAUCAAAUAAUUACAAGAAAAGGAUUUCAAAAGAAGUUGUAGAAAACAUGUGUAAAUCAAGUUGGGCCUUUGUCUCUAAAUAUUAAUGAUAUUCCUAUAAUCACUUAAAAACCAAUUGUCUUAAUGUCAUUCUCUGAGCUGUUAUCAAUGUUCUUGGUGUUAAAUGUGAUGGUGUUCUCCCCUCAGGGUUGGGUGUUUAAUGUUAUCCCAUGGUUUGUGGCCAUCCCCUCUUCCCUCUUCAGUGGCUGUCUCUCUGACCACCUCAUCAGCCAAGGUACAGAUCGGAACGCUGGUCUGACAUCAGAAAACAAAAUAAAAGUCUCUUUGUUUACUGAGAUUCUAAUCAGUCGGAGUUGGUACCCUUAUAUGAUUGUCAAGGGUUUUAACUAUUUAUUUGUCCCACGUCAUUCAUUCUGUCUCUCUCUAGGGUAUGACACUGCUGCUGUGAGGAAGCUCAUGCAGGUACUGUAGUAGUUUGUUCCAGAUUCAAUGCACAAAUUAGCAUCACUAGUUAACUUCAGAUUUGCUUGAAGGACCUGUUUAAUGAAAUUGGUGUGUGUCUGUCUGUUCCUCUUUGUGUCCUGGUCAGUUCUUCUCCAUGGGUGUGUCCAGUGUGUUUACCCUCCUGCUGUGUGGCACCACCACCUUCCCCAUGGCUGUGGCCUUUGUCUCUGCCACCCUGGGUCUCACCACCUUCAGCCACAGGUAUUGAUGCCCGUCCCCAAAUACACCCCAUAGCCACUAGACCUCUAUCCCCUAGGGCCUGACUACAGUGCAUUCGGAAGGUGUUCAGACCCCUUGACUUUUUCCACAUUUUGUUACCUUACAGCCUUAUUCUAAAAAUGAUUAAAUCGUUUUUUUCUUCAUCAAUCUACACACAAUACCCCAUAAUGACAAAGCAAAAACUGGUUUUUAGACAUUUUUGCAAGUUUAUAUAAAAAUAUAUAUCACAUUUACAUAAGUAUUCAGACCCUUUAUUCUGUACUUUGUUGAAGCGCCUUUGGCAACGAUUACAGCCUAGAGUCUUCUUGGGUAUGAAGCUACAAGCUUUGCACACCUGUAUUUGGGGAGUUUCUCCCAUUCUUCUCUGCAGAUUCUCUCACGCUCUGUCAGGUUGGAUGGGGAGCGUCGCUGCACAGCUAUUUUCAGGUCUCUCCAGAGAUGUUAGAUCGGGUUCAAGUCCGGGCUCUGGCUGGGCCACUCAAGGACAUUCAAAGACUUGUCCCCAAGCCACUCCUGCGUUGUCUUGGCUGUGUGCUUAGGGUCGUUGUCCUGUUGGAAGGUGAACCUUCAGCCCAAUUUGAGUUCCUGAGCGCUCUGGAGCAGGUUUUCAUCAAGGAUCUCUCUGUACUUUGCUCCGUUCAUCUUUCCCUUGAUCCUGACUAGUCUCCAAGUCCCUGCCGCUGAAAAACAUCCCCACAGCAUGAUGCUGCCACCACCAUGCUUCACCGUAGGGAUGGUGCCAGCUUUCCUCCAGAUGUGACACUUGGCAUUCAGGCCAAAGAGUUAAAUCUUGUUUUCAUCAGACCAGAGAAUCUUGUUUCUCAUGGUCUGAGAGUCUUUAGGUGCCUUUUGGCAAAAUCCAAGCGGGCUGUCAUGUGCUUUUUACUAAGGAGUGGCUUCCAUCUGGCCACUCUACCAUAAAGACUUGAUUGGUGGAGUGCUGCAGAGAUGGUUGUCCUUCUGGAAGGUUCUCCCAUCACCACAGAGGAACUCUGGAGGUCUGUCAGUGACCAUCAGGUUCUUGGUGACCUCCCUGACAAAGGCCCUUCUCCCCUGAUUGCUCAGUUUGGCUGGGUGGCGAGCUCUAGCAAGAGUAUUGGUGGUUACAAAUUUCUUCCAUUUAAGAAUGAUGGAGGCCACUGUGUUCUUGGGGACCUUCAAUGCUGCAGAAAUGUUUUUGUACCCUUCCCCAGAUCUGUGCCUCGACACAAUCCUGUCUCGGAGCUCUACGGACAAAUCCUUCGACCUCAUGGCUUGUUUUUUGCUCUGACAUGCACUGUCAACUGUGAGAAAAUAUAUAGACAGGUGUUUGCCUUUCCAAAUCAUGUCCAAUCAAUGGAAUUUUCCACAGAUGGACUCCAAUCAAGUUGUAGAAAAAUCUCAAGUAUGAUCAAUGGAAACAGGAUGCACCUGAGCUCAAUAUCGAGUUUCAUAGCAAAGGGUCUGUAUACUUUUGUAAAUAAGGUAUUUCUGUAUUUUAUUUUUACUACGUUUGCAAAUUUUUCUAAAAACCUGUUUUCGCUUUGUCAUUAUGGGGUAUUAUGUGUAGAUUAAUGGAAAAAAAUAGUUUAAUCCAUUUUUAGAAUAAGGCUGUAACGUAACAAAAUGUGGAAAAAGUCAAGGGGUCUGAAUACUUUCCGAAUGCCCUUAAAGAUGCAAUAUGCAGAAAUCGCUCUGCCAUUUCCUGGUUGCUAAAAUUCUAAUAGUUUGCCUAUUUUCAGUUUAUGUGACAAAACAAGCAUUCGUGAAGAGAAUCAUUGUACCAUCUAAAUCGCUGUGAAAUAUAUUUUCCAUAACCAAUAAUAUUGUUGUUUCAGCUGUUUGAAGCUGGUGUACAAAACCGAAAGUAAAAGACACAAAAAUUUAACUGAAGAAUGGGCAGCAUAGAAAUAGCGUGCGUAGAACAGAUCGACCGCUUCCUAUACUUGCUUUCAAUGCAAAUGACCGAUCUAUAACUCACAUUUCUAUGUGAAUUUGGUCGGGUCGCCCAAAAAGUGACAUAAUGCAGUUUGAAGGAUGUGACUGAUAAAUGUAGGAUGUAGAUACAGUGAGGGGAAAAAAGUAUUUGAUCCCCUGCUGAUUUUGUACAUUUGCCCACUGACAAAGAAAUGAUCAGUCUAUAAUUUUAAUGGUAGGUCUAUUUGAACAGUGAGAGACAGAAUAACAACAAAAAAUCCAGAAAAACGCAUGUCAAAAAUGUUAUAAAUUGAUUUGCAUUUUAAUGAGGGAAAUAAGUAUUUGACCCCCUCUCAAUCAAAAGAUUUCUGGCUCCCAGGUGUCUUUUAUACGGGUAACGAGCUGAGAUUAGGAGCACACUCUUAAAGGGAGUGCUCCUAAUCUCAGUUUGUUACCUGUAUAAAAGACACCUGUCCACAGAAGCAAUCAAUCAAUCAGAUUCCAAACUCUCCACCAUGGCCAAGACCAAAGAGCUCUCCAAGGAUGUCAAGGACAAGAUUGUAGACCUACACAAGGCUGGAAUGGGCUACAAGACCAUCACCAAGCAGCUUGGUGAGAAGGUGACAACAGUUGGUGCGAUUAUUCACAAAUGGAAGAAACAUAAAAUAACUGUCAAUCUCCCUCGGCCUGGGGCUCCAUGCAAGAUCUCACCUCGUGGAGUUGCAAUGAUCAUGAGAACAGUGAGGAAUCAGCCCAGAACUACACGGGAGGAUCUUGUCAAUGAUCUCAAGGCAGCUAGGACCAUAGUCACCAAGAAAACAAUUGGUAACACACUACGCCGUGAAGGACUGAAAUCCUGCAGCGCCCGCAAGGUCCCCCUGCUCAAGAAAGCACAUAUACAGGCCUGUCUGAAGUUGUCAAUGAACAUCUGAAUGAUUCAGAGGAGAACUGGGUGAAAGUGUUGUGGUCAGAUGAGACCAAAAUGGAGCUCUUUGGCAUCAACUCAACUCGCCAUGUUUGGAGGAGGAGGAAUGCUGCCUAUGACCCCAAGAACACCAUCCCCACCGUCAAACAUGGAGGUGGAAACAUUAUGCUUUGGGGGUGUUUUUCUGCUAAGGGGACAGGACAACUUCACCGCAUCAAAGGGACGAUGGACGGCGCCAUGUACCGUCAAAUCUUGGGUGAGAACCUCCUUCCCUCAGCCAGGGCAUUGAAAAUGGGUCGUGGAUGGGUAUUCCAGCAUGACAAUGACCCAAAACACACGGCCAAGGCAACAAAGGAGUGGCUCAAGAAGAAGCACAUUAAGGUCCUGGAGUGGCCUAGCCAGUCUCCAGACCUUAAUCCCAUAGAAAAUCUGUGGAGGGAGCUGAAGAUUCGAGUUGCCAAACGUCAGCCUCGAAACCUUAAUGACUUGGAGAAGAUCUGCAAAGAGGAGUGGGACAAAAUCCCUCCUGAGAUGUGUGCAAACCUGGUGGCCAACUACAAGAAACGUCUGACCUCUGUGAUUGCCAACAAGGGUUUUGCCACCAAGUACUAAAUCUGUUUUGCAGAGGGGUCAAAAACGUAUUUCCCUCAUUUAAAAUGCAAAUCAAUUUAUAACAUUUUUGAGAUGCGUUUUUCUGGAUUUUGUUGUUGUUAUUCUGUCUCUCACUGUUCAAAUAAACCUACCAUUAAAAUUAUAGACUGAUCAUGUCUUUGUCAGUGGGAAAACGUACAAAAUCAGCAGGGGAUCAAAUACUUUUUUCCCUCACUGUAAUAACACAGAAUAGAUCAUAUAAACAUAAGCACCCCUUCCACUUUAUCUUUUUAUGACUCUGGUCUGUUAGUUUUAUAAGUUAUGACUCAAUAUGAAGCAAUACCUGAAGCAAUUCAGGUAACAUAAAGAUUGGGUGUCUGAAUAGCACCUUAUAUAGCCUCUUAUCUGCUGUUGUAUCUGUAUUCCAGCGGUGUGUCUGUGAACGUUCAGGACCUGGCUCCGUCCUGUGCUGGGGCUCUGUUUGGUAUGAUACACCAGUAACGACUUUAUCAUCCUCUCAGCAGAUUUCACUUUUGUGUAUUCCUUCUAAUUAAUAUUACAGUCCUGUCAGAUAAUAGAAAUUAGUCAUCUAUUUUUCAUUGCAGGUGUUAUGAAUACCUGUGGAGCUUUUUCAGGUAAGCAUCUGUACUGAGGGACAAUAAACUAAAGCUGAAGCCUCUGUGAUGAAUCUUUCACCAGCUGUUCCAGAACAAGUUGUUUUACCCUUUCAUUAACUUCUGAUACAAAUAAUUCAUCUGGUUGUUCUAAAGGCAAAACGUUGUGUUUUUCUCUAACCAGUCUCAUUGGCUCUCUGCAUAUUUCAUACUGGAAAGAUAAGAGUUUGUGUCAGAUAAAUCAUUGAGGGAAUAGAACAUGACAGUCAGGGCUCCAGUUAGGCUUUUGGCAUUUACUUAUACCGCACACAGCUGGGAAUGGGAGGCUGAACUGUCGUUCGGGGACAUUGUGUUUGUGUCUGACUGGGGUUUAAUGUGCUAAGUUGGAAUGCCAUUGUCAGAAAUUGCUCAGUACGUGCGUGUGUGCAUUGUGUUUGGUGUAUUUUCCCUGCGUAUCUGAUCGUGUGUGUUUCUCCAGGUGUGCUGAUGGUGUAUUUCUCGGGAUAUCUGAUCGAGGCUACAGGGUCGUGGGCAUCGGUCUUUGCCCUCAUCACCGUGGUGAACUUGGUGGGCCUGGUCACCUUCCUGGCCUUCGCUGAGGCCCGCCGGGUCGACAUCGACUCUUCUAAGGGCCGCUACCACAACAUCCACAUCUAAGUUCACACGUUGGGAUAUGGGAACCACAGCUUGCUACCACAACAACCACCUAUGAAAUUGAAGGGCCAAAACGGGACCAGGGUCUGCACUAUCCACAUCUGAGUUCCUAAAAUAGGACCAGAAACCACGUCUAUCUACCAUAGAAAUGCACACCGGAGUCUUCACUAUGGGACGAGAACAGAGAGAACCUUGGCCUGUUAAACGUAUCAAAACAUCCACAUCAGAAUUUGAGGAAGUGAUAACAGUAGUGAAUGAGUCAGCCCCAGAGCUGUUUGAAAGGCGGUAUGUCAGGUCAUAGUGCUACAACAUAUGCUUUUUAUUGUUUAAAGAACCAUUCCAGUCAUGUUUUUGAAUGUUUGAUCUUCAGCCAUCUGUGUGCGUGUUGGGCUGGGAUUGUGGAGUAGUAGUCAUGGAAACUGGUUCCACACCAAGGUCUGUGUUUAUGUUGGAGGAACACGAGGAGAAUGACAGAUGUGUUUGAGUUGGUCUAGUCAGUUUGACAGUUUUAGACAGAGCAAGAUGUGUGUGUUUGUGGGUGAGGAGGGAGGCUUAGCUCUGGUGAGACUAUGGGGAAUGUAGACUGAACAAGAAAGGGCUGUUUGGGGGGGGAGUAUUAGUAGGUGCGUCUCAGUCCCUCCCCCCGCCUCAAACAUGACUGUGUGAGUGACAUCUAAUUAGGAGGUGACUAAUCACCCAUUCACCCACUCUGAUGUACUGUACAAUUUACCUGAUCGCCAUGGUUACAUGCUCGUCAUCUUGUCAGCGCGCUUCACUGCAUUUAGUUUAAUCUCCAGAGCUUUUACAGAGAGACUAUAGCCUCGACAUACAGUUAGCUAGAAGGAUUUGUUUUGGAUUAAAUUAAGAAGACCAAAGGUUGUUAUUAUUAUUACAUUUCUUAUUUUUAUUGUCAUGAACAUAAUUGCAUGACAUGUUCAAAUAGAAAUACCUCUAUACCUUUUUUAUUUAUUUAAUUUAUAUUAUGACUUACAGUAUAUAUCAAUUAUGUUGUCAAUCAAGAAUGUAUGUAGAAAGAUGAGACUCAGUUGAGAUUUUGUCAUAUUUGUGUGAGAGUGGGCACUUAAAGGAGACUUGGUCAAUGCAGUUUCCCACAGCUGAUGAGGCAAUCAACUGUCAUGCAGUAGACAGCGCCCUGUUUGUUAUGGUUACUUCAUAGUCUGGGCAGGAUGUGACAUCAUUGGUGAGGAAAUCCAACUGUGACAGGAAGUGAAUGUAUUACGGUGUAUAGCUUUAUCAGCCACAGAGGGAUACUGACACAGUAGGCUACUAGUAGCUACUCAGUCUGAAUCAAAGAUACAUAUACUUAUGAUGAAUGGCAAAGGUGCAUAAAGAUGGAGGAAUUUGUGGUAAGUACAUGGGGGCCAUCUUUAUGCACAUUCGCUAUUGUAUCAGUCAUUAUUUAUCAAUUGUAGUAAUGCAAGUGAAGGCAAUUAUUUCAUUGAUAUUGUUUCAUGUCACCAAAUGUUUUACCAAUUGCUGAUCAUUCUCUGACUGAAUAAGAAAAAGAGUGGUCCAUAUUGUCUUAAGUUCAUCUACUCUUUUCUUACCGUAUCCAGUAUAAUGAUUUGAAUCAUCUGUCUUGUUGUUGUUAUUCUAGGCUCUUAAACUAAACCCAUAGAAAGUUGUCUAAAGGCAGAAUCUUAAAAAAGUAAUGUGUACAAAGCCUGGGUGAUGUUGGCAUUGUGGGAUUUGUAGUCUGGGGUAUACUUGGAGGACCUAUCAGUAAAGUUCAUUGAUGCCAGAAUAAAGGCACCUGGGCAGCUGAAUUCUGGAAAACUAUGGCCUUGAUUACAGUCCGGUCACGAUAAGGUCAAACAGGAUGGCAUCAAAUCAGAGUUCUGUUUUAGCACUUUUGAUAGAAAUGUUCUUGUUACUGAAUACAUAAUCAGUGUUUACCUGUAGAUACAUAUAUGAAGUAAACUUGCAUAUAUAGCUGCUUUAUACCUUAGGGCUUAGCAUACAAAAGGUAACGCACAUAUUAGUGACAGGUUACUGUACAAAAGGUAACACACAUAUUAGUGACAGGUUACUGUACAAAAGGUAACACACAUAUUAGUGACAGGUUACUGUACAAAAGGUAACACACAUAUUAGUGACAGGUUACUGUACAAAAGGUAACACACAUAUUAUUGACAGGUUACUGUACAAAAGCUCUGCCCUAUGUCUGACCAAUUUGUAGUCUUAUUGUUUUGUGUUUUACUUUUUUGUAAACUAAAUACCCAAAAUUUUAGAGUACAAAAGCUGUCUGAGACUACCUUAUUCUAAAGCUCUUUCACUUCACUUGCCUUAGCUGAUGAUUGUUUUGAAAUGCCUUCAGUGCUUGUCUGAUUUUUGAAAAAUCAGGGUUGAUGUCCAUCCAGUAGGAAUUCAGUAAAAUCAGUGAGUGAAUUUAAAUUCUAAUUAAAGAAUUGAAAAAUGCCAUCUCAAUCAGGGUUUUUUAUAUUCUUGAAAUUGAAUUUAGAUUCAGAAUUGAUCCCAACCCUGUGUCAUAUGCCGUCCUUUGUUUCGCUUAUAAUGUGCCGUUUUAGAAAACACAGGAACACAAGCGCAGCUGUGUAGUUCUGCCCAUAGAAUUAGAAUUAAAAUCAUAGAAGUGUGACUCUAUGCUUCUGCCCACCAACAUGCCACCAAGCUUUGUGGCUUGCUGCAAAAGCGUACUAACGAUUAUUUUUGAUAAGAUAAUAAUGUAAGAUAUGUAUUAUAUAUAAAUAACGAUUGCAACAUGUUUAUGCAAAAUAAAAGCAGUAUUCUAUUGCUUCAAAAAUAUUGUAUUUGUAAGC